AACCAAAAAAAAAAAACCAAAAACCCAAAAACCACCACCACCACCCACCCAAAAGAAAAUGGCAACAUCCAACGACCCAGUCGAUCUAUCAGACGAUGGCUCAGACAGCUCACACUCAGACUCAGCCCAACACCAACAACCCAACAGCAACAGCAACAGCAACAACCAGAAUCACAAACCAAACGGAACAAACGACCUGAACUCAAAACCCAUCAGACCAAACGAACACAUCAACAUCGAGGAUAUCAAGGAAAUCAAGAUUGACACCUCCUCACUCAACCCUCUCAGCCCACAGGUCAUCUCAAAACAAGCUACCAUCAACAUCGGUACGAUCGGACACGUCGCUCACGGGAAAUCCACCGUCGUCAAGGCUAUCUCGGGUGUCCAUACUGUCAGAUUCAAGAACGAAUUGGAGAGGAAUAUCACCAUCAAACUGGGCUAUGCAAAUGCCAAGAUUUACAAGUGCGAGGAAGCCUCCUGUGCCCGGCCUGGUUGUUAUCGAAGUUACGGGAGUGAUAAGGAAGACCGUCCGACGUGCGAUGUUCCUGGCUGUCAUGGCCGGAUGAAGCUGAUCAGACACGUCUCAUUUGUCGAUUGUCCCGGUCACGAUAUCUUGAUGGCUACUAUGUUAUCCGGUGCCGCAGUCAUGGACGCCGCUCUGCUCCUAAUCGCAGGCAAUGAACCUUGUCCUCAACCGCAAACCUCAGAACAUCUGGCAGCCAUCGAGAUCAUGAAGUUAAAACACAUCAUCGUCCUACAGAAUAAGGUCGAUCUGAUCACCGAGGCUGCAGCUAGCGAACAGUACAAGUCGAUCUUAUCCUUUGUCAAAGGUACCGUUGCCGAUUCUGCACCCGUCGUACCGAUCUCAGCCCAACUGCGGUACAACAUUGACUCGGUCAACGAGUACAUUGUCAAGAAGAUUCCCGUGCCCAUGCGAGACUUCAGUGCCGAUCCUCGAUUGACAGUCAUCCGAUCCUUUGACGUCAACAAGCCUGGAGCCGAAGUCGAUGAACUAAAGGGUGGGGUAGCAGGUGGAAGUCUGUUACAGGGAGUCUUGCGGAUGGGUCAAGAGGUCGAAGUCCGUCCUGGUGUCGUCACCAAAGACUCUGAAGGCAAGAUCCACUGUAAACCGAUCCGGAGUAAGAUCGUCACUCUGCUAGCAGAAAAGAACGAGCUACUGUUUGCUGUUCCUGGGGGACUGAUCGGAGUGGGAACGAAGAUCGAUCCUCAGUUGUGUCGGGCUGAUCGUCUCGUCGGUCAAGUCUUGGGUGCAGUCGGAAAACUGCCCAAGAUCUUUACGGAGAUUGAAAUCAAUUACUUCUUAUUACGGAGAUUAUUAGGAGUGAAGACGGAUGAUAAGAAGCAGACCAAAGUGAGCAAGUUAACGAAGGGAGAGAUCCUGAUGGUGAACAUCGGUUCGACGUCGACAGGCGGACGGGUGAUGUCUGUAAAAGCCGAUCUGGCUAAGGUCUUGUUGAACCAACCCGCUUGCACUGAGGUGGGCGAGAAAGUGGCUCUUAGUCGUAGGAUCGAGCAGCAUUGGAGGUUGAUCGGUUGGGGUAGCGUUAGGAGAGGGGCCGAAUAUGAAAUCCAUUCUUAACUUAAUUGAUCAUGCUCAAUCAACCCAUAUUCCUUUCUCUGUCCCUCUUUCUUUCUUUCUUUCUUCUUUUUUUUUUUUCUCAACAAAAAAAUGAAUAAAAUGAAUUGA